UAAAAUAAGAGGAAGGAUGAGAUCACUUCACUUCUUGGCAUCACGAUUUCAAUUCACUGUCAUUAAAAGCCAAAAUUUAUUUUAACAAUUUCUAAAGAUUUAAUUAAAAAUAUUUAUUCACAUAUAAAAUUAAUUUUUUAAGGUGGUUCGAGUCUUUCAAAAGAUAACUACUACAUGUAAGAUUCUUAGAUGAAAUCGAUUCUCUUAAAUUAAAUGUAAAAAUUAGAUAUACAUAAUUUAAAAUUUUUAAUAGUAAUUAAAUUUUUUCUUAAUAUUUGUUUUUGAAAUUUUAAAAUAAUAAGGUAAAUUACAGACUUGUCCAACCUCUGUUUGUAAGCUGCGGAUUCAGGCCUUGGGCCCAUUGGCCAUAACUUCGAUAAAUUUAAAUGGGCCUGGCUCACAGCCUGGCUCCGAACAAUCGAAAAUUGGGCAGUGGACACUGCUGCUGAAAAUUCUCGGGAAAUUUUGAAAAAGAAAGGGGAAUAAAUAAAAACUCUUCCUCGGCAGCUUUGGCCUUUGGGGGCAAGGCAAAUGAAAUGACGUUUUCGGGGAGGCAUGUGUCUCUUCCUUACUCGAGAAUCAUAUGCUCUGUUGUUUUAAUCAUUUUAACGGCCGAGAGAGCUGUGAGUAUAAGAUUUCCCGAUCGGAUCUCGGAAAGCGUGAAGGCUUCGUCCAAUCAGCCUCUGAAAACGGCGGUUUUCGCUCUCGGAAGCUUUUGGAGAUCCGAGGCCGUGUUUGGAUGCUUGGAUGGAGUUGUACGGACCACCGCGGGUUACGCCGGUGGAUCCAAGGCCAACCCCGAGUACAGAAGCUGGGGCGAUCAUGCCGAGUCAGUUCAGAUUGAAUACAAUCCCAGGCUGAUUACUUUCAGGCAACUUUUAGAGGUUUUCUGGUCUAGUCAUGAUUCUAGGCAGGUAUUUGGGCAAGGCCCUGAUGUGGGUAACCAAUAUAGGUCUAUUAUCUUUACUAAUGGGACUGAAGAGUUGAGACUGGCUGCUGUCAGCAAAGAAAGAGAACAAACUGUGUCAAAGAGCAGUAUUGUGACUACUCAAAUUCAACAACUUGGAAAAUUUUGCCCAGCAGAGCCUGAACAUCAGAAAUUUGAGCUCAAAAGAAAUCCUUUCCUCAUUCAGCUGAUGGGGAACUUGCCUGAAGAAGAGCUAGAGAAAUCAACUCUGGCAGCAAAACUGAACGGUUUUGCAGCAGAGCUUUGCCCACCGAAGGUUCAGCAGCAAAUUAAUGCAAGGAUUGAGGAGAUCAUUAGAAAAGGUUGGCCCAUUUUGAGAGAAGUGUAGUUGACACGAGGACAUAAAUUCAGAUAAACAGGGCACAGCAGACUGCACUUGCAGUAGCCUAUCACCAAUACGAGUCACCAUGAACUGAAAGCUGUGCAAGAGGCGCAAGUGAAUGGAAAUCCAUUGAUUCAAUCCACCAUUGUUGUAUGCCAGCCCCUGCUGUAGGUAGUGGUUCUUUGGCCCCUCUGUAGCUUGUAUUAGUGUGCUGACCCCAAAUCUUUUGCAUAUUUAUUUGUAAGAAAUCCCUGCUCUUGUGAACUCCAUACAACGUUAUUAUCUCAUUUUCCUUUUAACA